AUGUCUGUGCAGCUUAAUCCCGAAGCACAACUCACAUUCAAACGACCUCUCACUCAAGUUACCAAGGAAUUGCUCCUGGUCACUAACAACAAUGAUGACCCGGUCAUGUUCAAGGUGAAGACAACAGCCCCAAAGCAAUACUGCGUGCGUCCCAAUGCAGGCCGAAUCGAACCGAAAUCUCAAGUGGAAGUGCAAGUCAUCCUACAACCAUUCAAAGAGGAGCCUCCAAGCGAUUUCAAGUGCAAGGACAAGUUCUUGGUGCAAACAGCCGUCAUUAAGCCUGCGCAUGAAGCGUUGCCUAUCGCAGAAAUGUGGAGCUUGACCGAACAAGAGGAUCGUCAAGGUAUCUUUCAACAAAAGAUCAAGUGCGUUUUCUUGCCACCUGAGGAACAACCAGCACAACAACAAGAAGAGCAACCAGCACCCAAGGAACAACCCGCUGUUGUAGAAGAACAACAAGCCGAGCCUGUUGAGCCUGUUACUGCUACUUCGACCACUGCCCCAGCAAUUGAUACAAUCCCACCACCAUCUCAACCUCCAGUCGCUGAAGUACCCAAGGAAGAGGAAAAGGUGGAACCAAAGCCAGAGCCAAUUCCUGAUGCUGUUGCUGCACCACCUGUUGUUGAAGAGGAAACCAAGCCCGAGCCUGUUGUUGCUGAACCCAAGCCUACUCCUGUUGCUGCACCUGCACCAUUGAUUGUUGAUCAGGCACCUGAACCAAAACCACGAUCUAUGCCACCAGCAGCAGCAGCAGCUCCUAUUGAAAAGCCUGUUGUGGAUGAAAAGCCUAUUAUCGAGGAGAAGCCUGUUAUCAAUGAACAACCACCACAGCCUAUUGUGACCGAGAAGAAGCAUCAAGAGGAGGAUGGUGAAAAGAAGACUUUGAAGGAUGAGCUGCAGUCUGCACGCGAAUUGAUUGAGCAAUUGAGAAAGCAGGUGACGACUCUUCAAAAGGAACAGGAGGCAACAGGUAAUGGAGGAAAAGGAUCUCGCAAGUUGGCAUCCACAGUUCAACCCCUUGAUGCUGUUCAUCAACAUCUUGCUGCUCUUGAAAAGCCAAAUGUGACCGAAGGGUAUCCACCACAAGUCGUCCUCGCCGUUGCAGCCUUAGUUUUUGUCUUUACCUACUUGUUCUUUUAA